AUGAGCUCCAAAGACAGCGGCAACCCUGGUGUAAUCAGCAACUCUACUCGGCAGAUAGUUAUUAUUGCUGACAAGUAUGUUGUGGAGAAAGAGAUAGGGAGAGGUUCGUUUGCUAUAGUUUACAAAGGCCAUCUGCUCACAAACCGAGAUCAGAAUGUUGCCGUCAAAGCUGUGUCCCGGUCUAAACUAAAAAAUAAGAAGCUCCUAGAGAAUUUAGAGAUCGAGAUUGCUAUUCUAAAGAAGAUCAAACACUCACAUAUCGUUGGAUUACUCGAGUGCGAAAGAACGGCUACUGAUUUUUAUCUUAUGAUGGAGUAUUGCGCCCUUGGGGACUUAACUUUCUUUAUUAAGAAACGAAAGAGCCUUGUUGAUAAACAUCCCUUACUUCGGACAUUGUUUGAAAAAUAUCCGUCGCCUAGUGAGCAGCACAAUGGUUUGAAUAGAGUGCUAGUUGUCAAUUAUUUGCAACAGUUAUCUUCUGCUUUAAAGUUUUUAAGGUCAAGGAAUUUAGUUCAUAGGGAUAUCAAGCCACAGAAUCUAUUACUUUCUACACCAUUGGUCGAUUACAAUGAUCCACAGGUAUUCCACGAAAGAGGGUUUGUGGGCAUCUACAACUUACCUAUAUUAAAGAUUGCUGAUUUUGGAUUUGCAAGGUUUCUUCCAAACACCUCUCUUGCUGAGACUUUAUGCGGAUCACCAUUAUAUAUGGCACCCGAGAUUUUGAAUUACCAAAAGUAUAAUGCUAAAGCAGAUUUGUGGUCUGUAGGAACCGUGUUAUAUGAAAUGUGCUGCGGAAAGCCUCCAUUCAAAGCAUCAAAUCAUCUAGAGUUAUUUCAGAAAAUUAAAAAAGCCAAUGACGUGAUAAGUUUUCCUAAACACGUUGAAUUAGAACCUGCUAUGGUUGAAUUAAUAUGCGGUUUGCUAACAUUUGAACCAGCUAAGAGAAUGGGAUUUAGUGAAUUUUUUGGGGAUGAACUUGUAAAUGAAGAUUUAUCGAUUUACGAAAUAGAAUCCGAGCCAGAUCUGGCGACAAAAUCAAAGAACGUUACAGAAAGCAAUAUGUUUAUAUCGGAGUACCUAUCCAUAGCUGAACGUUCAAGGAAGUCAACACCUAUGUAUUUAGCUAAUACAGACGCUAUAGAAGAUCCACAAAUAUUGCGAACAGAGCACCAACAAGAACAAGAACAACAACUGCAGCAGCAAACACAACAACAACAACAACAACAACAACAACAACAACAACAACAACAACAACAACAACAACAACAACAACAACAACAACAACAACAACAACAACAACAACAACAACAACAACAACAACAACAACAACAACAACAACAAGUACAAACAAAAGAACAAGAGCAAGAAGAGCAAGAAGAGCAACAAGAACAAGAGCAACCACCACAACCACAAUCACAACGACAAAAGCAACCACAGUAUCAACAACCACAACAACAGCCACAGUACCAACAACAUGACCAUGAACAACAAGAACAACAAGACCAACAACAAGACCACGAACAAGACCAACAAGAAGACCAACAAGAAGAUCAACAAGAAGAUCAACAAGAAGAUCAACAACAAUACCAAGAACAACCACAGCAGCCACAAUCUUUCUCACAACAGUUUCAGACGUCCUUCCAACAGAAAAUACAAAACGUACAGCAGCAUCAGACACAACUCAAAAUUAAACAUAUUUCUAGUAAGGACUUGAAGCCAUUACAAGGAGAAAAGAAAGCUCUUUCGGCACCUAAUACUAACAUAGAUACAAAAAAUUCUAGGAUAACUGAGAAGACAAAGAGUUCUUAUUCUGAUUUGCUACUUGAGAAGGAAUAUGUUGUGGUGGAGAAAAAGAGUGUUGAAGUAAAUGCCUUAGCUGAUGAAUUCGCUCAUGCCGGUUCUGGGGCCCAAGCUAUAAGUUUACCCGAUCAGUACAUACAUGACGUUUCUCAAACAAAUCAGUUUACUCGUCAUUCAUCCAGUCCAUCUGGUAUGGCAAGCACCCCCAAACAGACUUUUUUACGUCGUAAUUCGAGAACAUUCUCUUCCGGUGGCGGGUCCACCUCCAGACGCCCUUCUCUAGUUGAUCGCAGGUUAUCUAUAAGCUCGUUAGGGGCUACAAAUGCAUUAUCAAAGGCAUUGGUGAUCGCAUCAUUAAGAUUAUUUGGGAAUAGUCAACAGCAAUCUAAUAAUGGAACAGCAGCCAUCAAACAAGUAUCUAAUGUGUCUCCACUAUUAAAUCCUCAAACCUUCCAAGACAUGACUGAACAUGUCGUGCUGACCGCUGAUCAUCAAUGGGAUAAUUCUAAAGUUAAUGAGAUAAGCCAAGAUGAUGUCAUUGUUCGCGCUUUGGAGAACUUGACUGCAAAAGCGUUUGUAAUAUACUCCUUUGCAGAGGUUAAGUUUUCCCAAGUGAUCCCAUUGCCACCUAACUCUACACACGACACCUUUUCCAUCCACAAAAGGCUAAGUAAUGGGAGUUGCGUUAUAGAAGACGAAGAUGAAGAUGAAGAACUGGAUUCUCCAUCAACAGGAGAGCCUAUGAGAAAGAGUUCUUCUAGUGGGAAUAUAAACAGUGGGACAUAUAAUCAGUUUUCUUUAGACACCAUACAUGAAUUGAAUUUGAAUGAUCUACCACGCCAAGAAUUGAACGUAUUAUGCACUGAGUCUAUUGUGUUGUACAUGAAAACCUUAUCGCUAUUAGCUUAUGCCAUGCAUUUGACUUCUAAGUGGUGGCAUGAGUCGGUGGAUAAAAACUGUCCCUUAAAGCUAAAUGUGUUAGUUCAAUGGAUAAGGGAGAGAUUCAAUGAAUGUUUAGGAAAGGCGGAAUUUUUAAGGAUUAAAAUUCAAUCAAUUCAAUUACAGAGUGACGAUAAUCGGCCCUUAGGAUUGGUUGAUGUAGAGAGCCCUGAGCCUGUAUUUGUAGAAAAGUUAAUAUAUGAUAGAGCUCUGGACAUAUCAAAAUCAGCCGCAAAGAUGGAGAUACAAGGAGAAUUCCUAGAGAGUUGCGAGGUAGCGUAUUCUACUUCAUUAUGGAUGUUGGAAGCUUUACUAGACGAUAUAAACGAAGAAGACAACUAUGAUGCCGAUAACCUAGGUCACACAGGCGUUUUAGACAACUCUGAUAAGGACAUGAUCAAGAAAUACAUUGAUAGCAUUGCUAACCGUUUAAAAGCGCUAAGAAAAAAGAUUGGUCGCUAA